AUGCGUUGGCUCAAAAUUGAGGCUGUCGCAGCCCUCGCUGCCUCGGCUGUACCCGCAUCCUGCCUAUCAGUGCCCGUUGCCUGUGAUCUUGGAGGCAUCUGUCCACGCGGAGAUGCUGACUUGCAGGAGCUGGGAGGAAAGCUGUCGAGUACUGGCAAGAUCUACUUCCCUGGAUCGACUGAGUUUGAACAGGCGUCCACACGGUGGUCUGUUCUGGAUGCACCCAAAGUAAACGUUGUCGUGGUUCCCGGGACGGAGAACGAUGUCGUUGAGACGGUGAAAUACGCCAACAAGAAAAACUUGCCUUUUCUGGCGUACAAUGGCGUGCAUGGAGCCAUUACCACCCUUGGCAGGAUGGACCAUGGCAUCGAGAUCUACCUCAACCAGUUGAGCAGCGUGGAGAUCUCCAAGGAUGGGAAAACAGCCAAGAUUGGCGGCGGCACCAUCUCCAAAACCGUCACCGACCAGCUUUGGGCGGCGGGAAAGCAGACGGUGACGGGAACAUGCGAGUGCGUCAGCUAUCUGGGACCUGCCCUUGGUGGCGGACAUGGAUGGCUUCAGGGACAUCAUGGACUGGUUGCAGAUCAGUUCGUCUCAGCCAAUAUCGUCCUGGCCAACGGCAGCCUGAAGACGAUUGAUGCGAGAUCCGAUCUCUGGUGGGCUCUGAAUGGAGCAGGCCACAACUUUGGCAUUGUGACUUCUGUGACCACCAAGAUCUAUGAUAUCCAGCACGCCGACUGGGCAAUUGACACGCUCAUCUUCAGCGGCGAUAAAGUCGAGGCUGUCUACCAGGCUGCCAACGAGCACCUCCUCAAGAACGGCACUCAGCCCGUGGAUCUCAUCAACUGGUCGUACUGGCUCAACAUCCCCACCGCUGACCCGAACAACCCCGUCAUCCUAUUUUACAUCAUCCAGGAAGGAGUAAAGACAGUCGACCCAGCCUACACGAAGCCCUUCCACGACAUCGGUCCGCUAUCCGCCGAAUCUAUCGGAGGAAGCUACACUGAUCUCGCUGGAUGGACUGGCAUCGCCACGACCUCCCCGCCAUGCCAAAAGGCCGGACUCGUCAACCCCCGCUUCCCCAUCUAUCUCGAAGGGUACAACGUCCCCGCCCAGAAGAAGGCCUACGACAUCUUUGCCGCCGCCACCCGCGGGUCCUCGGCGUUCAACAACUCCAUCUUCAUGUUCGAGGGCUACUCCAUGCAAGGUGUCCGGGCUAUCAACAGCAAGUCCAGCGCCUUUGCCUUCCGGAAUGAGAACCUUCUUGCCGCGCCGCUGAUCACCUACGCGCCUGCCGGGCCGGAGCGCGACAAUGACGCCGCGCAGCUGGGUAACCAGCUCCGUCAGAUCCUCUUCCAGGCUAGUGGGCUCAAGGAGAUUGGCGCGUAUGUCAACUAUGCCUAUGGCGAUGAGACGCCGAGUCAGUGGUACGGCAGUGAGCAGUGGCGCCAAGACCGUCUGCGGGCUUUGAAGAAGAAGUAUGACCCGGCAGGCAAGUUUAGCUUUUUUGGCCCGAUUGCUUAG